AUAUCUCAGUAUUAGCCAAUCUGUAGAUCAACCUUUGUACUAUAGGCCCUAUAACAAGUUAUGCAAGUUAGGAACCUGUCGACUGCUGACUAUACCUUUGAACGAUCGAAGCAUCCUCAAUUGACCAUACCCCCUGAUAGAGUACAAACUACAACCGAACCCGCUGUCAUCCAUUUUGGAAACCAGAUACAGAUACGGUGACAAAGACAGAUACAGAACCAACUACAGAUGCUCGCUGGCUGCUGGGAAGAGUGGCUUCAGUUGCGUGCCUCCAUUCCCCCAGAGCAAACCGUUCCCGCCGGAAGAAAGUAAGACAAGCAAGAAAUGCGCAGUGGGUUAACGCUUUGUCCACUGCUGGUGGUGCUUCUAGUGGGCCACCAAGUGGCUCCAGUGGCGCCGGCCAACCUACUGACCAGCUACCUGCCCGCCUCCAUGCAGGCCUUGGCAUACUACAUAGACCUGCUCCAGUAUGAGCCACUCUCCAGCACGACAGUGGAACCGCCCUUCAGUGCGGAUGACGCAGUGGACUCCACAACGGCUAGUGCGCGGCCAUCCACACCAGUGCCCACGAGGAUGAGGACCACCACCACGAGGAGGCCUGGUGGAACAGGAGCGUUGGGUUCAGUCUGGUGGCAACCGCCAAGCUGGUGGGAAACGAGUUCGCCGCCGCCUGUCACUACGAAAUCCACAACAGCUAGUGCUCGGCCAUCCACACCGUUGCCCACGAGGAUGAGCACCACCACCACCACGAGGAGGCCUGGUGGAACAGGAGCAUUGGGUUCAGUCUGGUGGCAAGCUCCAAGCUGGUGGGAAUCGAGUUCGCAGCCGCCUCUCAGUACGGAAUCCACAACAGCUAGUGCGCCACCAUCCACACCAGUGCCCACGAGGAUGAGCACCACCACUACCACGAGAAGGCCCAAUGGAACAGGAGCUAUGGGUUCAGGCUGGCAACCGCCAAGCUGGUGGCUGCCUCCACAGAGAACUUCCAGCACCGAGAGGCCCUCAUCGCCACCCACUUUGCCUCAUCGCCCUGGAAUUUUUGCACCAGCUUCCCUUCCGAGGAGGGAGCUUGAAGGCUACACUCUCUUUGAAGAAAUCGGAGACGAUGCGGACUUUGACAAGCUGCCUUUGUCUUUGAUCCGUGAUAUACAAAGCGAACGGCACGACUUUACCAAUGAUGUGGAAUCGCUGGAUAACUUUUUGCGCCUGUACGACGAUAACUACGGAAGGGCCGCCUUUGACGUUGAGUCCGCCAUGGAUCGGUGGAGCACCGCCUCGAUAGCGGGCAAAAAGAGGGUUCCGCCCACCAAGCCCUACGUGGAUUUCCUUUUGGUAUACGAUCUCCUGAAGCGCGAUGCCAAGGCGGCAAAUCUCAGCAAGUACGAGGGAUACUCCGAGGAUCUGUUGGAGCAGCUGCACGAGUUGUCCCAGGCUUCUUCGGCCAGGCAACUGCACACUCUCUUCCAAAGGAUGCUGGAUCGGGGCGAUGUCCAGCGCAGUGACGUGGUGUCCCGCGUCCAGGGUAUCGUCAAAGAUCUGGGGAAUCCCAAAAGCGCCACCUCCAAGGCUUUGGCUUUCAUUCCCAGCAUGCAGUUUCUACCUUAAGCUCUUAGAUAAGUCGCAAUAAAGUCGAGGGACCAGUUGACCCUAUCCGUGUGUACUAUGA